AUGGUUCAGCCACCUGUUGUGCAUAGGAACAUCAGAUCCAGCAACAUCCUCAUAUUUGAUGACUGCAGAGCAAAGAUUGCAGACUUCGAUCUGCUAAACCAGGCUCCUGAUAUGGCUACACGUCUUCUCUCUUCGCGGGUUUUGGGAACCUUUGGCUAUCAUGCUCCUGAGUAUGCAAUGACUGGUGAACUGACCCAGAAGAGUGAUGUUUACAGUUUUGGAGUUGUGCUUUUAGAGCUUCUAACAGGGAGGAAGCCGGUGGAUCAUUCCAUGCCUCGCGGUCAGCAGAGCCUUGUUACAUGGGCAACUCCAAGGUUGGGUGACAAGAAUAAGGUCAAACAAUGUGUUGAUCCAAGGUUGAAGGGACUCUAUCCACCUGCAGCAGCUGCACAGUUUGCACAAGUGGCAGCUGAGUGUGUGGAGUAUGAAGCUGAUCACAGGCCAGACAUGACCUCUGUGGUCAAGAAACUUAGGAAGAUUGCUGUCCAACUCUCGCUGCCAUGAUUUGUCAUCCUUGAGCUUUUGUACCUGCACCCACCAAGCUGAAUUGAAGAUGAACUUUAUGUUUGAAUUUGCUACAUGAUUGUUCUAUACUAUUUUUUUUUUUUUUC